GCCCUGCGCCUGCGCCGAGGACGCCGGGCUCGCGGGCACGCGCCCGGGCCGCUUCACCCGUCCCGGCCCGUGGUUGCCUUGGCGACGCGUGCAGGCGCGGGCGGGAGCGGGCCUCUCGGGGCAACUUCCCAGACUGAGCGGCCGGUCCGGCGGCCUAGGGAGGACGGGGUCGGCGUAGUGAGGUGUUGCCCGCGCCAUGUCCAGCAAAGAAGAGAAGCAGAGACUGAGUGGCCAGGGAAGCGCCAGCCGUGGUGCCCGCCAAAGAGCCUCCGAGGCCACCCUGGCCUCGAAGCCUGGGGACGCCGCCCUGCCUCCCCAGCCGGAGUCCGAUUCCUUCAAGGAGGAGCUUGAGCCAACAUCGGAGGAGCCCGAGGCACAGAAAGAAUUGUCGGAGCCUGAGGCGGAUGUGAAGCCCCUUUUCCUGUCCCGAGCCGUGCUCACGGGACUGGCGGGUGCGGAAUGGACAGCGGAGCACGACGCCGUCCUGGAGCACUUCGCCCGGGACCCUUCGGAACCCGUCGUCACCAUCUUCAUCGACCCCUGUGUGGGGCUGACGCUGGAGCGGGGCAUGCCUGUACAGACGCAGAACCAGAUCGUCUACUUCAUACGCCAGGCGCCGGUUCCCAUCACUCCAGAGAACUUCGAGGCCACCGUGCAGUUUGGGACGGUGCGUGGUUCCUACAUCCCGGCCCUGCUUCGGCUGCUCAGUGGCGUCUUUGCCCCUCAGAUCUUUGCAAACGCAACCUGGCCCGAGAGUAUUCGAAAUCAUUUUGCUUCUCACUUGCACAGAUUCUUGGCCUGCCUGACAGAUACUCGCUACAAACUGGAGGGGCACACGGUUCUCUACAUUCCUGCAGAGGCCAUGAACAUGGAGCCUGAGGUGGUAGUUAAGGACAAGGAGCUGGUGCAGCGGCUGGAGACCUCCAUGAUCCACUGGACCCGGCAGAUAAAGGAGGUGCUCAGUGCCCAGGAGUCUGUGGAGAUAGGAGAAAAUUUAGGUCCUUUGGAGGAGAUUGAGUUCUGGCGCAAUCGGUGCAUGGACCUGUCUGGCAUCAGUAAACAGCUGGUGAAGGAGGGAGUGAAGCACAUCGAGUCCAUCCUGCACCUUGCCAAGUCGUCCUACUUGGCACCCUUUAUGAAACUGGCCCAGCAGAUCCAGGAUGGCUUCCAACAGGCCCAGUCAAACCUGACGUUUCUGUCGAUCCUGAAGGAGCCCUACCAGGAGCUGGCCUACAUGCAGCCUAAGGACAUCUCCAGUAAGCUCCCCAAGUUGAUCAGCCUCAUCCGCAUCAUCUGGGUCAACUCUCCCCACUACAACACUCGGGAGAGGCUGACCUCCCUCUUCCGAAAGAUGAGCAAUGAGAUCAUCCGCCUGUGCUGUCACGCCAUCUCCCUGGACCGUAUCUUCGAGGGCUACGUCACUUCCAGCAAGGAGGACCUCCAGGGCUGCAUCUCGUGCUGCCAGGCCUGGAAAGACCACUACCUACAGGCUGUGCAGAUGCAUACCCAGUUCUCCAACCGGGGCUGGGUCCUGGACCAGACCAGCAUAUUCGCUCAGGUGGAUGCCUUUGUGCAGCGCUGCAAGGACCUCAUUGAGGUCUGUGACUGCCAGUAUCAUUUUGCCCGCUGGGAAGACGGCAAGCAGGGUCCCCUUCCCUGCUUCUUUGGGGCCCAGGGGCCCCAGAUCACACGGAACUUGCUGGAGAUCGAGGACAUCUUUCAUAAAAACCUCCAUAUGCUGCGGGCUGUCCGCGGGGGCAUCCUGGAUGUCAAGAACACGUCCUGGCACGAAGACUACAACAGGUUUCGUUCUGGAGUCAAGGACCUGGAGGUGAUGACUCAGAACCUGAUCACCUCCGCCUUCGAGUUAGUCCGAGAUGUGGAGCAGGGAGUGUUACUGCUGGACACCUUCCACCGGCUCGCGUCGCGGGAGGCCAUCAAGCGCACCUACGACAAGAAGGCGGUGGACCUGUACAUGCUGUUCAAUAGCGAGCUGGCCCUCGUGAACCGGGAGCUGAACAAGAAAUGGCCGUACCUGGAGCCCUACGUGGCCCAGUUCUCUGGGCAGGCGCGCUGGGUGCGGAUCCUGCGGCGACGCAUCGACAGAGUCAUGAACUGUCUCUCUAGUGCCCACUUCCUGCCCCACAUCGGGACCGGAGAGGAGAGUGUGCACGCCUACCAGCAGAUGGUUCAGGCCAUCGAUGAAUUGGUUCGAAAGACUUUCCAAGACUGGACGUCAACGCUGGACAAGGACUGUAUUCGGCGGCUGGAUACACCGCUGUUACGGGUCAGCCAGGAGAAGGCGGGCAUGCUGGAUGUCAACUUUGACAAGUCCCUGCUGAUUCUCUUUGUGGAGAUCGACUACUGGGAAAGGCUGCUCUUUGAGACGCCCCAUUACGUGGUGAAUGUCGCUGAGCGAGCAGAGGACCUGCGCAUUCUUCGGGAAAACCUGCUCCUGGUGGCUCGAGACUACAAUCGGAUCAUCGCCAUGCUGUCCCCAGAUGAGCAGGCCCUCUUCAAAGAACGUAUCCGAUUUCUGGAUAAGAAGAUCCGCCCUGGACUCAAGAAACUGCAUUGGGCCUUGAAGGGGGCCAGCGCCUUCUUCAUCACGGAGUGCCGUAUCCACGCCAGCAAGGUGCAGACCAUCGUGAAUGACUUCAAGGCCUCCACUCUGACCAUCGGCUGGCGAGCCCAAGAAAUAUCCGAGACGCUGCUGGUGCGCAUCAGCGGCAAACGGGUGUACAGGGACCUGGAGUUCGAGGAGGACCAGAGGGAGCACCGGGUGGCCGUGCAGCAGAAACUGAUGGGCCUGUACCAGGAUGUGGUGGCCAUCAUGACCAACUCCUACGAAGUCUUCAAGAACGACGGCCCUGAGAUCCAGCAGCAAUGGAUACUGUACACGAUUCGCUUGAACCGCAUGAUGGAGGAUGCCCUGCGCCUCAAUGUGAAGUGGUCACUGUUGGAACUGUCCAAGGCCAUCAACGGGGAUGGAAAGGCCAUGCCCAACCCGCUCUUCCGAGUGCUGGUCAUCCUCCAGAACGACCUACAGGGAGGUGUGGCGCAGGUGGAAUUCUCACCCUCUCUGCAGACCCUGGCGGGCGUGGUCAACGACAUUGGCAGCCACCUCUUCUCCACCAUCUCGGUCUUCCGCCACCUCCCUGAAAUUCUCAUCAGGCGCAAGUUUCAGCGCGACCCCAUCCACGUCAUCGUGGAGCGAGACGAGGACAUCAGGAAGAUCCAGGCCCAGAUAAGCGGCGGCAUGGCCAGCAACGCGAGCCUGCUGCAGACCUACCUCAAGACCUGGGACUUGUACCGGGAGAUCUGGGAGAUCAACAAGGACUCUUUCAUCCGCCGCUACCAGCGCCUCAACCCCCCCGUGUCUUCCUUUGAUGCCGACAUCGCCCGCUACGCCGAGGUGGCUAACAACGUGCAGAAGGAGGAGACGGUCCUCAACAUCCAGUUUGUGCUGCUGGACUGCUCACACCUCAAGUUCUCGCUGGUGCAGCACUGCAACGAGUGGCAGGGCAAGUUCACGGCCCUGCUCAAGGAGAUGGCGGCCCGGCGCCUCCUGGAGCUUCACACCUACCUGAGGGAGAACACGGAGAAAAUCAGCCACCCUCCCCAGACGCUGGAGGAGCUGGGGGUCAGUCUGCAACUCCUGGAGACCCUGCAGCACGACCUGUCUGGCCUGGAGGCCCAGAUCCCCCCCAUCCACGAGCAGUUUGCCAUCCUCGAGAAGUACGAGGUGCCCGUCCAGGACAGCGUCCUGGAGAUGCUGGACAGCCUCAACGGGGAGUGGGUCAUCUUCCAACAAACGCUGCUGGACAGUGAGCAGAUGCUAAAGAGACACAAGGAGAAGUUCAAAACGGGCCUCGUCCACUCGGCCGAUGAUUUCAAGAAGAAAGCCCACAACCUUCUGGAAGACUUUGAAUCCAAAGGCCCCUUCACCAGUAACGUGGGACAUCAGUCCGCCCUAGAGCAGAUUGCCCAAGUGCGGGCCAUGCUGAAUGCCAUGCGGGAGGAAGAACAGAGUCUCCGCUCCAACCUGGGCAUCUUCAAGAUCGAACAGCCAGUCUCCAAGGACCUGCAGAACCUGGAGAAGGAACUAGACGCCCUGCAGCAAGUCUGGGAGAUCACGCGUGACUGGGAGGAGAACUGGAACCAGUGGAAGAUGGGCCGGUUCCUGACCCUGAAGACAGAGGCCAUGGAGACCAUGGCCCACGGGCUGUUCCGCCGCCUCACCAGACUAGCCAAAGAGUACAAGGACCGCAACUGGGAAGUUAUCGAAACCACUCGCUGGAAAAUAGAGCAGUUCAAGAGGACCAUGCCUCUCAUCUCGGACCUGCGAAACCCGGCCCUUAGAGAGAGGCACUGGGACCAGGUCAGGGAAGAGGUCCAGAGGGAGUUCGAUCAGGAAUCUGAGAGCUUCACCCUGGAGCAGAUUGUGGAGCUUGGGAUGGACCAGCACGUGGAGAAAAUCGGCGAGAUCUCCGCCUCAGCCACCAAAGAGCUGGCUAUAGAGUUGGCCUUAGAGAACAUCGCCAAGACCUGGGAUGGGAUUCAGCUAGACAUAGCUCCCUACAAGGACAAGGGUCAUCACCGGCUCAGAGGCACGGAGGAGGUGUUCCAGGCACUGGAGGACAACCAGGUGGCCCUGUCCAGCAUGAAGGCUUCCCGUUUCGUCAAGGCCUUUGAGAGGGAAGUGGACCACUGGGAGCGCUGCCUCUCCCUCAUUUUGGAGGCCGUCGAGAUGGUGCUCAUGGUGCAGCGGCAGUGGAUGUACCUGGAGAAUAUCUUCCUGGGAGAGGACAUCCGUAAGCAGCUUCCCAGUGAAUCAGCCCUGUUUGACCAGAUCAACAGCACCUGGAAAUCCGUCAUGGACCGCAUGAACAAGGACAGCAAUGCUCUCCGGGCCACCCACCACCCAGGCCUCCUGGACACGCUGAUCAAAAUGAACACGAUUCUGGAAGACAUUCAGAAGUCUCUGGAUAUGUAUCUGGAGACCAAGCGCCAUACUUUCCCCCGCUUCUACUUCCUGUCCAACGAUGACCUCCUGGAGAUUCUGGGCCAGUCCCGCAACCCGGAGGCCGUGCAGCCACACCUCAAAAAAUGCUUUGACAACAUCAAAUUGCUGAGAAUGCAGAAGGUUGGGGGCCCCAGCAGCAGGUGGGAGGCUGUGGGGAUGUUCUCGGGCGACGGCGAGUAUGUGGACUUCCUGCACUCAGUCCUCUUAGAAGGGCCCGUGGAGUCCUGGCUUGGCGAUGUGGAGCGGACCAUGCGGGUGACCCUGCGCGACCUUCUCCGGAACUGCCGUGUGGCCCUCAAGAAGUUUCUCAACAAGAGGGACAAGUGGGUGAAGGAGUGGGCUGGCCAGAUGGUGAUCACUGCCAGUCAGAUCCAGUGGACGGCUGAUGUCACCAAGUGCUUGCUGACGGCCAAGGAGCGGGGAGACAAGAAGAUCCUCAAGGUCAUGAAGAAGAAGCAGGUGUCAGUGCUGAAUAAGUAUUCAGAGGCCAUCCGGGGGAACUUGACCAAAAUCACGCGGCUUAAGAUCGUGGCCCUGGUGACGAUAGAAAUUCAUGCCCGGGAUGUGCUGGAGAAGCUUUAUAAGAGCGGCCUCAUGGACAUCAGCUCCUUCGACUGGCUCAGCCAGCUGCGCUUCUACUGGGAGAAGGAUCUCGACGACUGUGUGAUCCGCCAGACCAACACGCAAUUCCAGUAUGGCUACGAGUACUUGGGGAACUCCGGCCGGCUUGUCAUCACCCCCCUGACAGACAGGUGUUACAUGACGCUGACCACGGCACUGCACCUGCAUCGGGGGGGCUCCCCCAAAGGUCCGGCGGGCACGGGGAAGACCGAGACCGUCAAGGAUCUGGGCAAGGCCCUCGGCACAUACGUCAUCGUGGUCAACUGCUCCGAGGGCCUGGACUAUAAGUCCAUGGGCAGGAUGUACUCGGGCCUGGCCCAGACCGGCGCCUGGGGCUGCUUUGAUGAGUUUAACCGAAUCAACGUGGAAGUGCUGUCGGUGGUGGCCCAGCAGAUCCUGUCCAUCCUGUCGGCCCUGGCCGCCAGCCUCCUCCGCUUCUACUUCGAAGGCUUUGAAAUAAACCUGGUGUGGUCCUGUGGGAUCUUCAUCACCAUGAAUCCCGGCUACGCCGGGCGCACAGAACUGCCCGAGAACCUUAAAUCCAUGUUCCGCCCGAUCGCCAUGGUGGUGCCGGACUCUACCCUCAUCGCGGAGAUCAUUCUCUUCGGGGAGGGCUUCGGCAACUGCAAGAUCCUGGCCAAGAAGGUAUACACGCUGUACUCGCUGGCCGUGCAGCAGCUGUCCAGACAGGACCAUUACGACUUCGGCCUGCGCGCGCUCACCUCCCUCCUGCGCUAUGCCGGCAAGAAGCGUCGGCUGCAGCCCGACCUGUCUGAUGAAGAGGUUUUGCUGCUCUCCACGCGAGACAUGAACAUUGCCAAGCUGACCUCGGCCGACGCGCCGCUCUUCAACGCCAUUGUGCAAGAUCUGUUCCCCAGCACGGAGCUGCCCGUCGUUGACUACGGCAAGCUGCGGGAGACCAUCGAGCAGGAGACCCGCGACAUGGGGCUGCAGGCCACGCCGUUCACGCUCACCAAGGUGAUCCAGCUGUACGAGACCAAGAACUCCCGCCACUCGGCCAUGAUCGUGGGCGGCACGGGCAGCGGCAAGACGGCCUCGUGGCGGAUCCUACAGUCCUCCCUGUCCUCCCUGUGCCGCGCUGGGGACCCCAACUUCAAUAUCGUUCGGGAGUUCCCCCUGAACCCUAAGGCCUUGUCCUUGGGGGAGCUCUAUGGGGAGUACGACCUCAACACUAACGAGUGGACAGACGGCAUCUUGUCCAGCGUCAUGCGGGCGGCGUGUGCAGACGAGAAGCCCGAUGAGAAGUGGAUCCUUUUCGACGGCCCCGUGGACACGCUGUGGAUCGAGAGCAUGAACUCUGUCAUGGACGAUAACAAAGUCCUGACCCUCAUCAACGGGGAGCGUAUCGCGAUGCCCGAACAGGUGUCGCUGCUGUUCGAGGUGGAGAACUUGGCCGUGGCCUCUCCCGCCACCGUGUCUCGCUGCGGGAUGGUCUACACUGACUACGCUGACCUGGGCUGGAAGCCGUAUGUUCAGUCCUGGCUGGAGAGGAGACCGAAGGCUGAGGCCGAGCCCCUUCAGCGCAUGUUCGAGAAGUUCAUCGACAAGAUGCUGACCUUCAAGAAGGAUUAUUGCAACGAGCUGGUGCCCCUCCCGGAAUACAGUGGGAUCAUCUCCCUCUGCAAGCUGUACUCGGCCCUGGCCACGCCAGAGAAUGGGGUGAACCCAGCCGACGGCGAAAACUACGUGACCAUGGUAGAGCUGACCUUCGUGUUCAGCAUGAUCUGGUCCGUGUGCGCCUCCGUGGACGAGGAGGGACGCGAGAAGAUCGACAGCUACCUCCGAGAGAUUGAGGGCUCCUUUCCCAAUAAGGACACGGUGUACGAGUACUUUGUGGACCCCAAGAUGCGAAGCUGGACGUCGUUUGAGGAAAAGCUCCCUAAGACUUGGCGUUACCCCCCAAAUUCCCCCUUCUACAAGAUCAUGGUGCCCACGGUUGACACUGUUCGCUACAACUACCUGGUGAGCGCCUUGGUGGCCAACCAGAAUCCCACCCUGCUGGUGGGUCCCGUGGGGACCGGAAAGACGUCCAUCGCCCAGAGCGUCCUGCAGUCCUUGCCUUCCAGCCAGUGGUCUGUGCUCACCGUCAACAUGUCUGCACAGACCACGUCCAAUAACGUGCAGAGCAUCAUCGAGAGCAGGGUGGAGAAGCGAACCAAGGGGGUCUAUGUGCCGCUUGGGGGCAAAAGCAUGGUCACCUUUAUGGAUGACCUAAACAUGCCGGCGAAGGACGUGUUUGGGUCCCAGCCCCCCCUGGAGCUGAUCCGUCUCUGGCUUGACUACGGCUUCUGGUACGAUCGCUCGAAGCAGACCAUCAAGUACAUCCGAGACAUGUUCCUGAUGGCUGCCAUGGGCCCUCCCGGGGGCGGACGGACCAUCAUCUCCCCCAGACUGCAGAGCCGCUUCAACGUCAUCAACAUGACCUUCCCCACAGAGUCCCAGAUCAUCCGGAUAUUCGGCACCAUGAUCAAUCAGAAGCUUCAGGACUUCGAGGAAGAGGUGAAGCCCAUCGGCAACGUGGUGACCGAGGCCACGCUGGACAUGUACAACACGGUGGUGCAGCGCUUCCUGCCCACGCCCGCCAAGAUCCACUACCUCUUCAACCUGCGGGACAUCUCCAAGGUGUUCCAGGGCAUGCUUCGGGCCAACAAGGACUUUCACGACACCAAGUCCAGCAUCACACGACUCUGGAUCCAUGAGUGUUUCAGAGUCUUCUCUGACCGGCUGGUGGAUGCUGCAGACCUGGAGGCCUUCGUGGGCAUCAUCAGCGACAAACUUGGCUCCUUCUUUGACCUCACGUUGCAUAAUCUUUGUCCCAACAAACGUCUUCCCGUCUUUGGGGACUUCAUGCGGGAGCCGAAGGUGUACGAGGACCUGACAGACCCGGCUGCGCUGAAGGCGGCCAUGGAGACGGCCCUCAGGGAGUACAACCUGUCCCCCGCCAUCGUCCCCAUGCAGCUGGUACUCUUCCGGGAGGCUAUCGAACACAUCACACGGAUCGUGCGGGUCAUCGGACAGCCUCGGGGCAACAUGCUGUUGGUGGGCAUCGGGGGCAGCGGGCGCCAGAGUCUGGCCCGCUUGGCCUCUUCCAUCUGUGAGUACGCCACCUUCCAGAUCGAGGUCAGCAAACAUUACCGGAGGCAGGCGUUCCGAGAAGAUAUCAAGCGUCUAUACCGCCAGGCGGGGGUAGAGCUCAAGCCCACGUCCUUCCUCUUCGUGGACACCCAGAUUGCGGAUGAGUCGUUCCUGGAGGACAUCAACAACAUCCUGAGCUCGGGCGAGGUCCCCAGUCUCUACAAGACUGACGAAUUUGAAGAGAUCCAGACGCUCAUCUCGGAGCAGGCCAAGGCCGAGCAGGUGCCCCAGUCCUCCGACAGCCUCUUCGCCUACCUCAUUGAGCGCGUGCGCAACAACCUGCACAUCGUUCUCUGCCUCAGCCCCGUGGGCAACUCCUUCAGGAACUGGAUCCGCCAGUACCCGGCCCUGGUGAACUGCACCACCAUCAACUGGUUCUCCGAGUGGCCCCACGAGGCCCUGCUGGAGGUGGCCGAGAAGUACCUCCAAGGAGUGGACCUGGGCACAGAGGACAAUAUCCACAGGAAGGUGGCCAAGAUCUUUGUCACCAUGCACUGGUCCGUGGGGCAGUACUCCCAGAAGAUGUUGCUGGAGCUGCGGAGAUACAACUAUGUCACACCCACCAACUACCUGGAGCUCGUGUCGGGAUAUAAGAAGUUGCUGGGAGAGAAGCGGCAGGAGCUGCUGGGCCAGGCCAACAAGCUGCGGACGGGAUUGUUUAAGAUCGACGAGACCAGGGAGAAGGUGGAGGUGAUGUCCCUGGAGCUGGAGGAGGCCAAGAAGAAGGUGGCUGAGUUCCAGAAGCAGUGUGAGGAGUACCUGGUCAUCAUUGUGCAGCAGAAGCGGGAAGCAGAUGAGCAGCAGAAGGCCGUGACAGCCAAUAGUGAGAAGAUCGCAAUCGAGGAAGUCAAGUGCCAGGCACUGGCCGACAAUGCCCAGAAGGAUCUAGAAGAGGCGUUGCCAGCCCUGGAAGAAGCCAUGCGGGCUCUGGAGUCUCUGAACAAGAAGGACAUAGGAGAGAUCAAGUCUUACGGACGGCCCCCCGCCCAAGUGGAGAUGGUCAUGCAGGCAGUCAUGAUUCUUCGAGGCAACGAGCCCACCUGGGCGGAGGCCAAGAGGCAGCUAGGGGAGCAGAACUUCAUCAAGUCACUGAUCCACUUUGAUAAAGACAAUAUCUCAGACAAGGUUCUGAAGAAGAUCGGGGCCUACUGCGCCCAGCCCGACUUCCAGCCCGACAUCAUCGGCCGGGUCUCGCUGGCGGCCAAGUCCCUGUGCAUGUGGGUGCGGGCCAUGGAGGUGAGCGGGGCGCCGGUGGCCGAGAAGCUAGAGAUGCUGAAGAAGCAGUACGACGAGAAGCUGGCCCAGAAGGAGGAGCUCCGCAAGAAGUCCGAGGACAUGGAAAUGAAGCUGGAGCGAGCGGGCUUGCUGGUGUCAGGGCUGGCCAGCGAGAAGGCGCGCUGGGAGGAGACGGUCAAGGGCCUGGAGGAGGAUCUGGGCUACCUGGUAGGUGACUGUCUCCUGGCCGCCGCCUUCCUGUCCUACAUGGGCCCCUUCCUGACCAACUACCGGGAUGAGAUCGUCACCCAGAUAUGGAUCAGGAAGAUCUGGGAGCUGGAGGUGCCGUGCUCACCGCGCUUCACCUUCGAUAACUUCCUGUCCAAUCCUACCAAAGUUCGAGACUGGAACCUCCAAGGGUUGCCCUCGGAUGCCUUUUCCACAGAGAAUGGCAUCAUCGUCACCCGAGGCAACAGGUGGGCACUGAUGAUUGACCCUCAGGCCCAGGCCCUGAAGUGGAUCAAGAACAUGGAAGGAAACCAGGGCCUCCAGAUUAUCGACCUGCAGAUGAGCAAUUACCUUCAGAUUCUAGAAAAGGCCAUCCAGUUUGGAUAUCCAGUGCUGCUCCAGAACGUUCAGGAGUAUCUGGACCCCACGCUUAACCCUGUGCUCAACAAAUCUGUAGCUCGAAUCGGCGGCCGGCUGCUGAUGCGCAUCGCAGACAAGGAGGUGGAGUACAACAGCAAUUUCCGUUUCUACAUCACCACCAAGCUCUCCAACCCCCACUACAGUCCUGAGACCUCGGCCAAGACCACCAUCGUCAACUUUGCCGUCAAGGAACAGGGCCUGGAGGCUCAGCUGCUGGGCAUCGUGGUGCGGAAGGAGCGGCCGGAGCUGGAGGAACAGAAGGACUCACUGGUCAUCAACAUCGCUGCCGGCAAGAGGAAGCUCGAGGAGCUGGAGGACGAGAUCCUUCGGCUGCUGAAUGAGGCCACGGGCUCCCUGCUCGAUGACGUGCAGCUGGUGAACACCCUUCGUACCUCCAAGAUGACCGCCACCGAGGUGACCGAGCAGCUGGAGACCAGCGAGACCACAGAGAUCAACAUCGACUUGGCCCGCGAGGCUUACCGCCCGUGUGCCCAGAGGGCGUCGGUUCUGUUCUUCGUGCUCAACGACAUGGGCCGUAUCGACCCCAUGUACCAGUUCUCGCUGGACGCCUACAUCAACCUCUUCGUCCUCAGCAUCGACAAGAGCCACCGCAGCAACAAGCUGGAGGACCGCAUCGACUACCUGAACGAGUACCACACCUACGCCGUGUACAGGUACACCUGCCGCACCCUUUUUGAGCGCCACAAGCUACUAUUCAGUUUCCAGAUGUGUGCCAAAAUCCUGGAGACCUCUGGCAAGCUCAACAUGGACGAGUACAACUUCUUUCUCCGCGGGGGUGUGGUCCUGGAUCGCGAGGGCCAGAUGGAUAACCCGUGUACGAGCUGGCUCGCCGACGCCUACUGGGACAACAUCACAGAGCUGGACAAACUGACCAACUUCCACGGGCUCAUGAACUCCUUCGAGCAAUACCCUCGUGACUGGCACCUGUGGUAUACCAGCGCCACCCCGGAGAAGGCCAUGCUGCCAGGCGAGUGGGAAAACGCCUGCAAUGAGAUGCAGCGAAUGCUGAUCGUGCGCUCCCUGCGCCAGGACCGGGUGGCCUUCUGUGUCGCCUCGUUCAUCGUCUCCAACCUCGGCUCCCGCUUCGUGGAGCCGCCCGUGCUCAACAUGGAGCUGGUUCUGGAGGAUUCGACCCCACGCGCCCCGCUGGUGUUCAUCCUGUCUCCCGGUGUGGACCCCUCCGGCGCCCUGCUCCAGCUGGCGGAGCACGUGGGCAUGGCCCAGCGUUUCCACGCCCUGUCCCUGGGCCAGGGCCAGGCCCCCGUUGCCGCCCGGCUCCUGCGAGAGGGGGUCCUCCAGGGACACUGGGUGUUCCUAGCUAACUGCCACCUGUCGCUGUCUUGGAUGCCCAACCUGGACAAGCUGGUGGAGCAGCUGCAGGUGGAGGAACCUCACCCUUCCUUCCGCCUCUGGCUCAGCUCCAGCCCCCACCCGGACUUCCCCAUCUCCAUCCUGCAGGCCAGCGUCAAGAUGACCACGGAACCGCCAAAGGGCCUAAAGGCCAACAUGACGCGCCUCUACCAGCUGAUGACGGAAUCGCAGUUUUCCCGCUGCUCCAAACCUGCCAAGUAUAAGAAGCUUCUGUUUGCCCUCUGCUUCUUCCAUUCCGUGUUGCUGGAGCGCAAAAAGUUCCUGCAGCUCGGCUGGAACAUCGUCUACGGCUUCAAUGACUCUGACUUUGAGGUGUCGGAGAACUUGCUGAGUCUCUACCUGGAGGAGUACGAGGAGACACCCUGGGAUGCCCUCAAGUACCUCAUCGCCGGCGUCAACUACGGCGGGCACGUCACGGAUGACUGGGACCGGCGGCUGCUCACCACCUACAUCAACGACUAUUUCUGUGACCAGACUCUCUCAACCCCCUUCUACCGGUUGUCCGCACUGGAGACUUACUUCAUCCCCAAAGAUGGGAGUCUGGCCUCUUACAAGGAGUACGUCAGCAUGUUGCCCACCAUGGACCCCCCUGAGGCCUUUGGCCAGCACCCCAACGCGGACGUGGCCUCCCAGAUCACUGAGGCGCGGACUCUCUUUGAGACUCUGCUGUCCCUGCAACCCCAGAUUACACCCGCCAGGGCGGGAGGCCAGAGCCGAGAAGAGAAGGUCCUCGAGCUGGCUGCGGAUGUGAAACAGAAAAUCCCUGCAAUGAUCGACUAUGAGGGGACCCGGAAACUGCUGGCCAUGGACCCCUCCCCCCUCAACGUGGUCCUCCUGCAGGAAAUCCAGAGAUACAACAAGCUUAUGCAGACCAUCCUGUUUUCCCUGACAGAUCUAGAAAAAGGCAUCCAGGGCCUCAUCGUCAUGUCUACAAGCCUGGAAGAGAUUUUCAGCUGCAUCUUCAACGCCCAUGUCCCGCCGCUCUGGGGGAAGGCGUAUCCCUCACAAAAGCCACUGGCCUCGUGGACACGGGACUUGGCCACACGUGUGGAGCAGUUUGAGCUGUGGGCCAGCCGGGCCCGGCCUCCCGUGAUCUUCUGGCUGUCCGGCUUCACCUUCCCCACCGGCUUCCUCACCGCCGUGCUGCAGGCCUCAGCUCGCCAAAAUAACAUUUCGGUGGACAGCCUCUCCUGGGAGUUUAUCGUUUCCACCGUGGAUGACAGCAACCUCGUGUACCCACCCAAGGACGGCGUGUGGGUCCGGGGCCUGUACCUGGAGGGCGCCGGCUGGGACUGGAAGAACUCCUGCCUGGUGGAGGCGGACCCCAUGCAGCUCGUCUGCCCCAUGCCCACCAUCCACUUCAGGCCGGCAGAAAGCCGAAAGAAGAGCGCCAAGGGCAUGUACUCCUGUCCCUGCUAUUACUAUCCCAACCGGGCAGGCAGCUCAGACCGAGCCUCCUUCGUCAUUGGCAUCGACCUCCGGUCCGGGACCAUGACAUCUGAUCACUGGAUCAAGAGGGGCACCGCUCUACUCAUGAGCCUGGACAACUGAGGAGGCCUCCUCUUCCUCCCCGCCUGAGGGAGGGUCGGGGACUCUAGGGACUCUAAUGCACUUCGGACCAGGGCUGGACUUAACUCUGGCCUUGGCCGUGGUCGAAUGCGCCGCGGGAUGGGGCCCUGGAGAUAGCUAGCCUUUAAUAAAGGUGGAAGGAUUGUCUUGGA